UUCCAUGGCUUCAGCUCCACCUCACGGAGGGGACGAGGUGCUUUUCGAGCAGCUGGCGCAGGUAGUCCUCAGCAUGCAGAACCCCGAGAGCCUGACGAGACGCUUCAAGAGGACGCGAGUGGCCGCCGCCGUCAGCAACCUGUCCCAGGCCACUGACGGCGCGACGACCACUGUCACUAUCGAUGAAUCCGCUAUGCUGCCAUCCGGUCACUCGAAUGAGGACGCCAAACGGAUCGACACCAGCUCGUCGCGCAAGGCCGACAAGAAGAGGAAGGCGCCAUUCCGCUUGUGGCGUCUGGGCUGGUACAAGAGCAAAAACGCACCCGUCCAUUCUCAGGGUCGUUGGAAAGCGUUGACACAGACGGCCACGGAUACGGACGCCGCUAUCACAACCGAUCACCGUGAACGCCUAGAUCACGCUGCCAAGCAAGGUGACAGUGCUCCAACAGAUUCCAUGCGAUCGUCCGCUCUACCCGACAGCCAAGCCUCUGCAAGCCAAGCAGACAAAAUGCCCCAGUCUCGAAAAGGUCCAUUCGGCAUCGAGACGCCAUUCGCUGCGGUACGAAAACAGCGGCAGUUGAGAAGGCAGAAGCAGCAGCAGCAGCAAGAACAGCGGCAGCUACAGAAGCAGCAGCCUCCGCAACGGCCACAGCAGCUUCCGUCUUCUAAUCCGACUUUCGCCGAAAGCAAGACCGACACCCAGAUCCCGGUGCAAUCAAAUAUGGUCACCAGUAAGACGACGAGAGAACCUCUGCAGCUGUCUCAUCAACGUGACUCCAGCAGCAAGCAGCGAGACGAUUCCCACCUCGACCGGCACCACAACACUGCUACCGGCGGCACGAGUCCACAUCCCUCGAGUAAGUCACGCUUCCAGUGGCUGCGCAAGUUCCGCGUCUUCAGGGGCACGUCAGGACGCAAGCGCACCGCUGAGGAGGAACCGAAAGAGGGUAGCGUGCCUCAUGCAGCCUCCGAGAUGCGUGCAACGCACCCUACGCAUCCUACGCACCAGCGUCCUGUCGACCACGAAGUGCGAGGGGACGGUCUCUCGUGGACAGAGCUGGACGAAUGUCCUUUAAGUGGAAGCAUGCCUAAUGCGUCGGCGUUGUCAAGUAGAGCAACAGGUGCCAACGACGAGGAUGACAGCGUGAAGGAAGCAGGGGAGGCGUUCGUUUUCGAUGCUCUGGCAGAGCACUUGGACCUCGCGGCGGAGGCGUUGAUUACCGCAUCUGCGGGCGUCAUCACCAAGCUCGGCGUUCCGAUCCCCGGCGUCGAAUCCGAGAUAAGCGUCACACCUGCGACGAACAGUCUAUCCGUGCAGGGCAGUUGCGAAACAGCGCCGAACAGUGUCACGCCGACGAACGGGGCCGUUGUAAUUAGUUCCGAUAGAGCCACCACAUUGGAAUUACCAGCCCACGCUCCGAAGGCGGAUGAACUCGGCGCUAAAAAAGAAGCCCAAGUUGACGAUGCCUCCGGCAAAAGCCACUCGAAAAAGCGAUCCGGAAGAAACAGGAACUGGAGAGAAAAGAAAACGCAGCAAGCCUGUAAGAGCUGUGGUUCCUCCAGCAGGACCUCCAGGAGGUACUCAGGGAGGUCCUCCGGUAGCCAGACUCCGCUAGCUUCAAACAACAGCGACCUGCAAGGAAGAAGAACUGUGCCCGUCUUUGUUUUCUUCAGAGAGGAGGAACAACAUGACUUGAAAGGUUCGGUCACUGACCCUGAUGGUUCCUCAAGCGAUGGUAAGGGCCGAGCAGCAAGGGUUGUGAAGCCGAUUUGACCACUCCGACUGGCAAA